AGAUUCCCACAUGUGUUUCCACCAGAGACCAUUCCCAUCUCUCCAACAUUUGUGUUUUCCAUAUUUGUCUAGACAUAAAUCUCUCUCUCUUCUUCAGUACCUCUUGUUCUCUACUUUUCAUCACCAAUCCUAUCUCUUCUCUCUGGCUUUUAUUUUCCUUAUACAUCUGGAUUGACCCAUUUUUGGUUAACUCAAAGAGUACAACUUCUCUCAAGCUUCCAAGUCAACCACUUCAGCCUCUGUCGGCUGUCUAUUCCCAGAUCUCAACAUAAUCUUUGUUAAGAUAAAAUGACGGAAUCUGAUGAUGCCUCGCUAGAAUUACCAGCUAGAGAAGGAGAUACCUCGUUAAAUCAAGAUCUAUCCAAACAAGAAUCGAUUAUCCCUCUCUCGCUCGAUCUCAAGCUCAAUGAUAGUUUCAACAACGAUGAACAAAAUGGCACAAAGUGUCAAUCCAACCCGAGAGUCUUCUCCUGUAACUACUGCCGACGCAAGUUCUAUAGCUCUCAAGCUCUUGGAGGUCACCAAAACGCUCAUAAGAGAGAACGAACCAUGGCCAAACGAGCAAUGCACAUGGGAAGAAUGUUUGGUCACCAUCACAGGCCUUACACAUACACCUCUUCUUCUCUAGGGAUGCAAGCUCACUCUAGUCUACUUCACCACACCUUAUCCCAGCCUCAGCCUCCUCCUCAUCUUGCAAGGUUUCAUCAUCAAGGGUACUUUGGUAAUACUGUGCCAGUGUUCUUUGACUAUGAUGAUGGCAGUGAUUUAUUCUGGCCCGGGAGUUUUCGUCAGGUCGUGGAGGAAGCUGAAGCUCCAGUGGUGGUGGCUGUUAAAGAGUCUGGUCUUGAUCUGAACACGGCUGCAGUAAAUGGAACUGUAGUAGGAAAUAACAAUAGCUCAAAGCCUGAUCUUACCUUGAGACUCUAAAGCUCAUCCAUCUCUUGUGUGUCAUUUUCUGUUGUUAGAAACAUAGCAGACAAUAAGUGGGAGAUAGAUUUACAGAAAUUGAUGCAAAACGUUUAUUGUUAUAUAAAUGAAGUUUGUUACAUUUUGAUA